ACGAGCUUGCACAUGCGCUUGUGUGCAUAUAUAUAUGCAUACAGAACCACGCAUGCACACACACACAUUCACACACACAGUCUGAAGUUCAAUCAGUAGCCUGAUAGGCAGUGUGAACAUCGACAGUAAACUCAAAGUGAAAGGGGAAGGCUUAGUGAGAGUGAGAGGGAAAGGCAGAGAGUCAACGCUAGUCCUGUGAUCUCUCAUUCAUUUCUAUUUUGUCUAAAACUACAGAAAUAAUGAGUUCAAAAAGUGCUCAGACCAGUAAAGUGAAGCUGAAUGAUGGCAGAUUUAUGCCACUGCUGGGACUGGGAACAUGGGGAGCAGAGGGCUCCUCGGGAUCAUGUAAAGCAGCGGUUGAAGCAGCAAUUGAUGCCGGAUACCGUCACAUCGACACGGCAUACGCUUACCGCAACGAAAGCGAAGUAGGAAAAGCUAUUAACGGCAAAAUUCAACAAGGCGUCAUUCGACGCGAGGAUAUAUUUGUCGUCACCAAGCUGUUUCCGACUCACUUUGCCCCUGAGGACAUCCCUAAAUGCUUCAAUAAAUCUUUCAGUGAUCUUCAGUUAGGCUACAUUGACCUGUAUCUGAUACACUCCCCCAUGGGGCUUCAGAAAGUGGGAGAUGAACUCUUCCCAAUGAAAGAUGGAAAAUUACUCACCAAUGAAACUGAUUACGUUGAUGUGUGGAAGGGGAUGGAGGCUCUGAAGGCUUCAGGGAAAGUGAAGAGUAUCGGUGUGUCCAACUUCAAUGUCCAACAACUGGAGAGACUCCUGUCUGUGGCCAAGGUCCCACCAGCAGUCAACCAGGUGGAACUCCACCCAUACCUUGUCCAGGAAGAUCUGAUUAAGUACUGCAAGUCCAAGAACAUUGUGCUCACUGCCUACAGCCCCUUUGGGUCUCCUGGAAGACCCAAAGAAUUUCACCAAGGAGAAAAAGACCCUGAGAAACUGUUAGAGGAUCCUGUUGUGCUCGAAAUCGCCAAGAAACACGGUCGGACUCCCUCCCAAGUUCUGUUGAGGUAUCAUGUGCAACAGGACAUUGUAGUGAUCCCAAAGAGUGUCACCCCCAGCCGUAUCGUGGACAACUCAAAGAUCUUUGAUUUCUCUCUGUCUGAAGAGGACAUGAAGAGGCUGAAGUCUCUGGACCGUGGUUGGAGGGCCUGCGACAUGAAAAUCGCUCAGUCUCACCCAUUCUACCCCUUCAAGUGAAAGACUCCAAGGACAGGACAGUUUUGACACAAGACAGCUGCUGUCCCCCACAGUGAAAAAUCAUCAGUACUCUUGAUUAUAUUCAAUAAAGAAAUUAGAGAUUCAGCCUAGUCAUGAAAUAACAUGUGUAGCCCAGAUAAAUGUUACUUUUCGUACGUAACAUGCAGUUUGUUUGCAUAUAUCUACGAAUGCUGUAAUGCUGAACAUUUGCUCUACUCUAUGGCUCAGAAAACAUUAUGCACAGAUAUCAACUUCUGAAUAAUAAAAAUAUUUUCAAAA